CUGCCUUGGAACAAACGAGAAAGGAUACAGACGUGUAAAAGGUACAGAAAAGAUAGACAGACACGUAUGUGCGUGUGUGGGCGGGUGUGUAAUUGGGAGUAUGAGGAAGACAUGAAAAUGAAGACGCGUGAUUAAAAGGGUGGAUUGCUCAGAGGCGUUCUCUGCGCGCAAGGGCUCAUCUGCAGUAUCUUUUGUAAAUGGAUGCUGACUUGUCAACACGAGUCUGAGAAGAAUCUAUCUGCAAGCUUGAGAAGAUAAAUCUCAAUCAGGUGUGUAUGAUUGCAGUGGGCUGACAAGGAGGACACGACACAGGAGCCAUGUGGCAAUGGAAGCUUUUCCUCAAGGGGAGCCCCUGCUAUGAUCCCCAGCUGCCUUGGCUUCAGCAGGCAGUGCAAGCUCAGUGCGAGGCACCGUGUGGGCAUCCCACAAGUCUGGGUUUUGCCCAUACAGUACUCACAGACUGCCCCAGAGCAAAAAGAAUGAAGCACUCCUGAGUCACUAACUUCUGUAAAGGCUUUCCUGGCUCUUAGUUGUUGUGACAUUGCACCUGCCUUUACUCCCAACAAUCGUCGGCCUCCUCCAAAGUUUCCGUCACCUCUUCUUCACAAUUUGCUCACAAGUCUAGCGGCAGCACGAAUUCCUUCCCGCUCACCACGUGGUGGAGGACCAUGGGAUGCCGUCAGAGCUCGGAGGAGAAGGAAGCAGCUCGGCGCUCGCGGCGAAUCGAUCGCCACUUGCGCUCAGAGAGUCAGCGGCAGAGGCGUGAGAUCAAGUUAUUGCUGCUGGGCACCAGCAACUCUGGCAAAAGUACCAUCGUCAAGCAGAUGAAGAUCAUUCACAGCGGCGGCUUUAACCUUGAGGCUUGCAAGGAGUACAAGCCCCUUAUCCUAUACAAUGCCAUCGACUCGCUCACACGCAUCAUCCGUGCUCUGACCACCCUUAAGAUUGACUUUCACAAUCCUGAUCGUGCCUAUGAUGCCGUGCAGCUCUUUGCCCUCACGGGGCCGGCUGAAAGCAAGGGAGAGAUCACUCCAGAGUUGCUGGGGGUCAUGAAACGCCUCUGGGCUGACUCGGGAGUCCAAGAGUGCUUUCAGCGAUCCAAUGAGUAUCACUUAGAGGACAACACUGCUUACUACCUAAAUGACCUGGACCGCAUUUCUGCGCCCGAGUACAUCCCUACAGUGGAGGACAUCCUGCGAUCCCGAGACAUGACCACUGGCAUUGUAGAAAACAAGUUCACCUUCAAGGAGCUCACCUUCAAGAUGGUAGAUGUAGGUGGACAGCGAUCUGAGAGAAAGAAGUGGAUCCACUGUUUUGAGGGCGUGACGGCAAUCAUUUUCUGUGUUGAACUGAGUGGCUAUGACCUUAAACUCUACGAGGACAACCAGACGAGCCGAAUGGCUGAGAGCUUGCGCCUCUUUGACUCGAUCUGCAACAACAACUGGUUCACCAACACUUCACUCAUCCUCUUCCUUAACAAGAAGGACCUUUUGGCUGAGAAGAUCAAACGCAUUCCUCUGACAGUGUGCUUCCCUGACUACAAGGGCCAGAACACCUAUGAGGAAGCGGCCGUCUAUGUGCAGCGACAGUUCGAGGACCUCAACCGUAACAAAGAAACCAAGGAGAUUUACUCACACUUCACCUGUGCUACCGACACCAGCAACAUCCAGUUUGUGUUCGACGCCGUCACGGACGUGAUCAUCCAGAACAAUCUCAAGUAUAUUGGGUUGUGCUAGGACAAGACGUUUGGUUGGUGGGUGGGUGGUUGAACAGGGGAUGUAUCUAUUUGUCUGAUGAUGAAUCUAAUAGAUGUGGGGCAUCAAUGACCAAAAAAAAAAUGCAAAUGAAAUGAGGUAGGGAAGGAGGGUGAGGAUUCAAAUACUUUAGUUAAUCGAAGAUAGAAAUUUAUACCCAAUGUGUUUGCACUGAAAAUGAGUAUGCAGAUACACUUAAACACACGCGCACACACGUGGACACACAUGUACACUCACACACGCAUACACACCUUUAUGUUUGCUCACACAACAUUGAGAGUCAAGCACUUGACGUGACAACACUGGACAUGUGAGACAGUUUCCCCACCAGCCUGCCAAACAAAAGGCAAAGUACUUGCCGGGUGGCUUUUCGUUAAUUUUGUCUUGUUUGCCUGAGGACAUUUAAUGCUGCUUUACAAGA